UCUCUCACACACACACACACACAAGUCCAAGAGGGCAGACGAGACACGGGUCAGAGGUCAGAGGGACUCUGCUGUAGAACACAGAUGGACACCAGAGGAGGCAGAGGUCCAUGAGAAAUUCCGAUCCACAUUGAAGAGCAAGUUUCAGCAUCUGGUUGAGGGAAUACCUAAUCUGGGAGAAUCCAGACUCCUCCAUGAGAUCUACACAGAUCUCUACAUCACAGAGGGAGGAGGAGGGGUCAAUAAUGAACAUGAGGUCAGACAGAUAGAGAGAGCAUCCUGGAGAGAAGCAGCACGAGGCAGACCAAUCGAAUGCAGUAACAUCUUUAAACCCUUAUAUGGACAACACAUACCCAUCAGAACAGUGCUGAUAAAGGGAGUGGCUGGCAUUGGGAAAACAGUCUCUGUGCAGAAGUUCAUCCUGGACUGGACUGAAGGAGAAACCAAUCAGGAUGUCCACUUCAUAUUUCCUCUUCCUUUCCGAGAGCUGAACCUGAUGAAGGAGAAGAAACUCAGUCUGGUGGAGCUUCUUCAGCACUUUUUCCCAGAGAUAAAAGAUUCAAAAAUCUUCAGUUCAAAGCACAGAAUCAUGUUCAUCUUUGAUGGUCUGGAUGAGUGUCGACUUCCUCUAGAUUUCCGUUCCAAGCUGAAAUGUUGUGAUGCGACAGAGCCAGUCUCAGUGGACGUGCUGCUUACAAACCUCAUCAAAAGGAAUCUGCUUCCCUCUGCUGUCUUCUGGAUCACCACUCGACCAGCAGCAGCCAGUCAGAUCCCUUGUGAGUUUGUGGACCAGGUGACAGAAAUAAGGGGAUUCAAUGACCCACAGAAAGAGGAGUACUUUAGGAAGAGAAUCGGUGAUGAGAACCUCGCCAACAGAACCAUCACACACCUGAAGUCAUCCAGGACUCUCUACAUCAUGUGCCACAUUCCAGUCUUCUGCUGGAUUUCAGCCACUGUGGUAGAGAGAACAUCAUUUGAAUCAGAAAAAGUAGAAAUGCCAAGAACUCUCACUCAAAUGUACACUCACUUCCAGAUCAUUCAGACUAAUAUCAGAAAAGAAAAAUACACAGAAAGAAAAGAGAAAGAUGAAGAGAUGAUUUUCAAACUGGGGAAACUGGCGUUCCAACAGCUGGAGGAAGGAAAUCCGAUCUUCUAUGAGGAAGACCUGAGAGAAUGUGGCAUUGAUGUCACAGAAGCAUCAGUGUACUCAGGAGUGUGUACUCAGGUCUUCAGAGAGGAGUCUUUGCUGUACCAGGGGAAGGUGUUCAGCUUUGUGCAUCUGAGCAUCCAGGAGUUUCUUGCAGCUUUAUAUGUGUUCAUCUGCUUCAGAAGCAUAGAGAGAAGCAUGUCUGACCAACAGCAAACCUCUCAGCUCUCUGCCCUAUUCAGAGCUGCAACACUGCAGGACCUACACAAGACUGCAGUGGACCUGGCCUUACAGAGUGAGAAUGGACACCUGGACCUUUUCCUCCGCUUCCUUUUGGGCCUUUCACUGGAGUCCAAUCAGAAUCUCUUAAUGCACCUACUGCCACAGACAAUACGUCAACCACAGAGCUCAGAGCAAACAGUCCAGUAUGUCAAACAGAAGAUCAGAGAUCAACAUAAUUCAGACAGAAAGAUCAACCUGUUCUACUGUCUGAAUGAGCUGAAUCGUCAUGCUGUAGUGGAGGUGAUUGACAGGAGCUCAGGAGCUCUGUUUGUAGACACGCUCAUACCAGGAGAGUGGACGACUAGUAGAUUUGAGUUUAAGAUGUCAGAAGAGCAGCUGAAUGAGCUUGACCUGCAGAAGUACAUAAAGACACCAGAGACUGAUCAGACUGAACUCCUCAGUCCAGAUGAAGUUCUUCAGAGGCUGGUUCCAGUGGUCACAGCAUCCACAUCAGCCAAGCUGCAGUAUUGUUCCCUCACAGAGAAGAGCUGUGCUGUGAUGGCGUCAGCUGCCAGAUCAAACUCCUGCAGUUUGAAGGAGCUGAACCUGAGUACCAAUUAUGAGCUUCAUGAUGGAGUUCAGCAUCUCUCAGAGCUCCUCAAGAAUCCCCACUGCAAACUGGAGAAACUAGAGCUGCAUAGUUGUUCCCUCACAGAGAAGAGCUGUGCUGCGAUAGCGUCAGCUGCUGGAUCAAACUCCUGCAGUUUGAAGGAGCUGAACCUGAGUAACAAUGAGCUUCAUGAUGCAGGAGUUCAGCAUCUCUCAGAGCUCCUCAAGAAUCCCCACUGCAAACUGGAGAAACUAGAGCUGUGGAGUUGUUCCCUCACAGAGAAGAGCUGUGCUGCGAUAGCGUCAGCUGGCAGAUCAAACUCCUGCAGUUUGAAGGAGCUGAACCUGAGUGAGAAUGAGCUUCAUGAUGCAGGAGUUCAGCAUCUCUCAGAGCUCCUCAAGAAUCCCCACUGCAAACUGGAGAAACUAUUGCUAAGAGGGUGUUCCCUCACAGAGAAGAGCUGUGCUGCGCUGCGAGCGUCAGCUGCCAGAUCAAACUCCUGCAGUUUGAAGGAGCUGAACCUGAGUGCCAAUGAGCUUCAUGAUGCAGGAGUUCAGCAUCUCUCAGAGCUCCUCAAGAAUCCCCACUGCAAACUGGAGAAACCAGAGCUAAGAUGGUGUUCCCUCACAGAGAAGAGCUGUGCUGCGCUGCGAGCGUCAGCUGGCAGAUCAAACUCCUGCAGUUUGAAGGAGCUGCACCUGAGUGCCAAUGAGCUUCAUGAUGCAGGAGUUCAGCAUCUCUCAGAGCUCCUCAAGAAUCCCCACUGCAAACUGGAGAAACCAGAGCUGUGGAAUUGUUCACUCACAGAGAAGAGCUGUGCUGUGAUUGCUUCAGCUGCCAGAUCAAACUGCAAUUUAAUGGAGCUGGACCUGAGUGAGAAUGAGCUUCAUGAUGCAGGAGUUCAGCAUCUCUCAGAGCUCCUCAAGAAUCCCCACUGCAAACUGGAAACAGUAGUGCUGGAGGAUUGUUCCCUCACAGAGAAGAGCUGUGCUGCGAUAGCGUCAGCUGCCAGAUCAAACUCCUGCAGUUUGACGGAGCUGAACCUGAGUGGCAAUGAGUUUCAUGAUGCAGGAGUUCAGCAUCUCUCAGAGCUCCUCAAGAAUCCCCACUGCAAACUGGAGACACUAAAGCUGAUGACAUGUGGCCUAACAAAGAAGAGCUGCGAUGUAAUAGCAUCAGCUGCCAGAUCAAACUCCUGCAGUUUGAAGGAGCUGAACCUGCGUGACAAUGAGCUUUAUGAUGAAGGAGUUCAGUAUCUCUCAGAGCUCCUCAAGAAUCCCCACUGCAAACUGGAGAAACUAGAGCUGAGUAGUAAUAUCCUCACAGAGAAGAGCUGUGCUGCGAUAGCAUCAGCUGCCAGAUCAAACUCCUGCAGUUUGAAGGAGCUGCACCUGAGUCACAAUGAUCUUCAUGAUGCAGGAGUUCAGCAUCUCUCAGAGCUCCUCAAGAAUCCCCACUGCAAACUGGAGAAACUAGAUCUGAGUAGUAAUCGCCUCAAAGAGAAGAGCUGUGCUGCAAUAGCAUCAGCUGCUACAUCAAACUCCUGCAGUUUGAAAGAGCUGGACCUGAGUUUCAAUAUACUUCAUUGUGCAGGAGUUAAGCAUCUCUCAGCAUUCCUCAAAAAUUCCCACUGCAAACUGGAGAAACUUGAGCUGAUUGGUUGUUCCCUUACAGAGAAGAGCUGUGCUGUGAUAAGCAAAUCGAACUCCUGUAGUUUAAAGGAGCUGGAUAUGAGUAAAAAUAAACUUUGUGAUGCAGGAGUUAAGCAUCUCUCAGAGCUCUUCAAGAAUCCCCUCGACAAACUGGAGAGACUAGUGCUGAGAGACUGUGCCCUCACAGAGAAUAGCUGUGCUUCGAUUGCGUCAGCUGUCAUAUCAAACUCCUGCAUUUUGAAGGAGCUGUACCUGAGUUUCAAUAAGCUUCGUGAUGCAGGAGUUCAGCAUCUCUCAGAGCUCCUCAAGAAUCCCCACUGCAAACUGGAGACACUAGAGCUGGAGGAGUGUUCCCUCACAGAGAAGAGCUGUGCUGCGAUAGCGUCAGCUGACAGAUCAAACUCCUGCAGUUUGAAGAUACUCGACUUGAGUAGAAAUAAGCUUCAUGAUGCAGGAGUUCAGCAUCUCCACGACCUACUCAAGAAUCCCCACUGCAAACUGGAGAAUCUAGAGCUGAGAACGUGUUCUCUCACAGAGCAGACCUGUGCUGCGAUAGUGUCAGUUGCCAGAUCAAACUCCUGCAGUUUGAAGAAGCUGGACCUGAAGGGCAAUGCAGGAAUUCAGCAUGUCUCAGAGUUCCUCAGUAAUCCCCACUGCAAACUGGAGACACUAGUGCUGAUGAGUUGUUCCCUCACAGAGAAGAGUUGUGCUGCGAUAGCGUCAGCUGCCAGAUCAAACUCCUGCAGUUUGAAGGAGCUGGACCUGAGUGACAAUGAGCUUCAUGAUGCAGGAGUUCAGCAUCUCUCAGAGCUCCUCAAGAAUCCCCACUGCAAACUGGAGAAAGUAGUGCUGCAUAGUUGUUCCCUCACAGAGAAGAGCUGUGCUGCGAUAGCGUCAGCUGCCAGAUCAAACUCCUGCAGUUUGAAGGAGCUGAACCUGAGUGACAAUGAUCUUCAUGAUGCAGGAGUUCAGCAUCUCUCAGAGCUCCUCAAGAAUCCCCACUGCAAACUGGAGAAACUAGAAGUGGAUGUUGGUAUCUUCCUAAAGGAGAGUCCAGCAGCAGCAGCAGCCUCUGCUAGCAGCUCCCACUCAGAUGCUGCAGAGCUGCACCUCAGAGACAAAGCCCAGCAGGACCCAGGAGCACAGCUGCUCUCUCUGGACACUCACACGGAGGAACACCUCAUUGAUGCCCCACAGAGGAGCUGUGAAUCCUGUGCUGAAGUUCCAGACUCCAGCCACUGGGUCCUGUUGAAGCCUGAAGUCUCCACAGAUGAGAGUGUCUCCACCUAUAGCCUGAGCUCUCCUGCAGGGAGCUAUGAGUGCUCAGAGUCUGGUCUGCGCUGGACAUGUGAUGGUCCAGUCACCCUGCAGUACUGCUUCAUGGACUGGCAUGUCUUUGCUGAAGAACUGGCCCACAUGCAGUCCAGACCAGCUGGUCCUCUGAUGGACAUCAGGGUCAUGUCAGGAGAGCUGGAGGAGAUCCACCUGCCACAUUUCCUCUGUUUGGGGGGUUUUGAGGCGUCUGUGGGUGAUGCUGUGAGGGUCCUGCAUGGGCGGGAGAGUGGAGUGUGUGUGGAGGUGUGUGAGCUGACCCGACACCAUGCCAGGCUUCUCCACCCCUCCUUCUCUCUGUUAGGGCUGGUGUAUUACCUGAGGGAUCUGUUUUCUCCCAAAGUCCACUGUGAGCUGCUGCUCUUCUGCACCUGCAACGCUCCCCUGGUUCUCCAGGCCUACCUGGUGCCGACCUACCCGAACGACCCAGCUCACAUCCGGGCCAUCCUCCAGAAGGAUGUGGAGAAGGAGAAGACAGGGGUGUGGAUCGACAAACCCCGCGUCUUGGGCUCACUCCGGGAGAUGGACACCUUUUGUGUGAGGACAUCGUGCCCAUCUGAGAUUCAGCCCGAGAAGAUGAACCUGUGGCCGCUCUCCACUGGUAACUUCUGUGAGGUGUACAUGGAGCAGCCAGAGAAGGAAUUUGAUAUGGAGGUCAUCAGCUCUCAACAGCCCAUCUGGACAGUCAAGAUCCGCAGACGUGACUACUGCAAGCCCAGCAGGAGCCCAGGACAGGGCAGCAGCCAGGGGACAAACACAGAGCGGCUGGCCCAGGUGCGGCCCGGCCUCAUCAGCGGAGUGUCCAGAGGAGUCCUGAGGAGCACGCUGGACCGUCUCCAGGCCCACAGGCCUCCUGUGCUGAGCAGCAGGGAGGCUGAAGAGGUCCUGCAGAGGAGCCAGGUGCUGCAGGACCAGGUGAGCUGCCUGGUGGACAUGGUGCACAGGAAGGGAGAUACAGCCUGCAGCAUCAUGCUGGCCCUGCUGGAGGAACUGGACCCCCACCUGCAUGGAGAGCUGCGCCUGUGAGCACCUGCAGGGGGCGCCCCUCUCACUCUGUGCUCAGUGUGUCAGCACCAGGAAAGUGUUUGCAUGUGUCUAAGUCAGAGAGAGAGAGGGAGAGAGAGAAAGAGAGGGAGAGACAGAGGGAUGGUACCUGUGAGUUGGACUUGAUAAGGAGAGAGAGAGAGAGAGAAAGAGCAGUACAGCUAUUACUCAUUUUGCAUCACACCUUAUCUCAGGAAAGUUGGGUGUUUGUAUUAGGACUGGGCGAUAUGGCUGAAAACUGUAUCACGAUAUAAGUAUUUCAUAUCAAUCGAUAUAGAUAAUUAUUGAUUUUUAAAAAUCUAUUUCAGAUAAGACCAGAAGGGAAAAAAAGUUAAAUUUAAACACUUUUAUUUUAAACUCUGGUAGAGUUGCACAUACUAGCUACAAUGCAAGAUAUAUUUAGCCUAAAAAGGAUAAAGUUCCUGUGCACAGCCUUCCAGGUGCUGGUGAGGUGCAGUCGUCAAUAGAU